UAUAUAAACUGCAAAUGAGAAAGGAAGCCUUUUGCGGUGGGAGUGUUGACGCGUCCCGGCACAAGCAUUCGGUGCAAAAGUCGCAGUUUGACUCAACCACCAGUCCACCACCGUUUACAGGUUGUCUUCUUCACCAGUAAUUUCUCAGCCUACACGAUUUGCAGAGCUGAAACUGAAAGUAAACCGUAACUCACGAGACCAAAUACGGCGAACGGUAGCCAUGGAAGUAAUGACCCAUUCUUCGACCUUCCUGCUCCCUACAAUCCCCGCCGAUCAGCGCCCCUCUCUAACUUACGCUCUUGUCGUGCUUAACCAACGCGUACCGAGAUUCACUCCUCUGCUUUGGAAGCACGCACAACUACGUCUCUGUGCCGAUGGAGGCGCCAAUCGCUUGUUCGAUGAGAUUCCGCAGUUGCUGCCCCAUGAAGAGGCUGCCGAAGUUCGAAAAAGGUACAAGCCAGAUGUAAUCAAAGGAGACAUGGAUUCAAUCCGAACAGAAGUACAUGAUUUUUAUGCUGGCCUGGGAACCAAGAUAGUCGAUGAAUCUCAUGAUCAGGAUACCACAGACUUGCAUAAAUGUGUAGCCUUUAUUCGUGACUGCACUCCAAACUUAGAGAAGGCCAAUCUUUGCAUUCUUGUUGCUGGUGCACUUGGUGGACGGUUUGACCAUGAGGCUGGCAACAUUAACAUUUUAUAUCGUUUUCCAACCAUGCGAAUUAUCCUCAUAUCCGACGAUUGUCUCAUCCACCUUCUUCCGAGGACCCACCAUCAUGAGAUAUGUAUUCAAUCUUCUGUUGAGGGCCCACAUUGUGGUCUCAUUCCCAUUGGGUUUCCAUCUGGGAGCACUUCGACGACAGGGCUCCAGUGGGAUCUAAAUAACACAGAGAUGAGCUUUGGUGGCUUGGUAAGUACAUCUAACAUAGUCAAAGGGGAGAAAGUGACAGUUCGAUCCGAUUCGAAUCUUCUUUGGACAAUAUCUGUUAAAAAGUCUUGGCAGAUGUAGAUCUUGCGAUCAAAUACAAAAUUUGCAGGUUUCAUAGCUUCCCUGAUAUAUAUGGAGAUGACUACUUCCAAAAGAAGCGGAAGUUAAUUGGCGUAGUGGUUCACGUCCAUAGAUAUUCUUUUCUUUUUACUCUGUACUAUUGUGAGGAGGAAGGUCCUCCUUGUUUUCUACAUUGACAAUUUUCUUUUGGAUUGUAAGGAGUAAAUAUCUAUAAAUAUUACACUCCUUAUUCUUUUUACCCUUUUACUAUUGUAAGGAGGAUUUUCUACAUUGAUUAUU